AUGACCCAACAUUCAAACGCUCAUUCUGAUGGCACAGCAGAUUUAUUAUUAUUCGUAGAUAAAACAUUUGAUUCCUUGAAUGCUUCUAAACCAUUAUCAGGAGCAAUAAAAAUUGAAUCCGAAGAUGUUCAUCUMAACCAUUGGAAUCAAGCAAUAAGAGUGUUUCAAAGUAUGAAAUUCAUUGACAAAAUUACUAAAAAGCCGUUAGCAAGACAACCGCCGUGCAUAAACAAUUGGGUCAUGACAUUGAAGUCUUUURAAYAUCUUUGGUAUAAGCUAAAAAAUAAACACAACUUCAAAUACCUGUUAACUAGAAACAUUAAUCAAGAUUYCUUGGAAGUUUUAUUUGGAAAUAUUAGAAGCCAUUCCUAUAGGAACACAAAUCCAGACUGCUAUCAUUUUGUUUCAUCAUUUAAGACGUUAUUAAUAAAUAACUUUUCUUCGGUYAAAUUGAUUGGAAAUUGUGAACUGGAUGAAUCUGACAAUGUUUUAAAUAAUUUAAAACAAUUUAUUACUGGUUCACCUGAAGGCUAUCAGAUAUCCAAUGAAAAUGGUGAAAACCUACUCACUUUUCCAAUAACAGAUGGUUCUGAAAAACAGUUUACAAUUGUCACUGAUUUAAAUGUUGGAUAUAUUUCCGGCUAUAUAGCUCGAACAAUUUUAAAGUAUAACAACAAUUGCAAAUUAUGUAAAGAWUUUUUAGUCAGCAAAGAUAAAACUAACCUUCUAAUUAAAUCCAGAGACUACACAUCUAACUCAUUAAUUCACCCGAAUUCAACAUAUUUUAAAAUUGUAAAACAAAUGUUUGACCUUUCAGAUACUAUUUUACCAACAAUUAUGGAGAAUGGCAUAAGAAAAAAAUUGUACAUGAUUGAAAAUUUAUCAAGAAAACGGAGCCUACCAAAUUUUUGA